GUUGAUUCACAUGUUAACUUCAUAUGUGCGAUGCAGGAUAUUUGUGACGUCAUCCAUUGAUUUGCUCGUCGAUAGUCUAUGUGCGACUUCUGUCAUCUGUCACUUGUCACUUGUCAAUGUGUCGCCACAUCACUCCCCCCCAAGACCGGAGGUCGAUCCUGUUGAGACGGCUGUCGAUGCUUGAGAUGAGCGGUGCCAGAGCCAGUGUAGAAAUUCCCUAGUUCCAGUGAGUCGGAACUGUGCCGCUGAAUGCCCAGUGAGUCGGGUGAGCGGUGCAGGGUGAUACUCCAGUGAGUCGGAGUAGUGAAGAUCGCAGUGUCCCACGUAAAGAAAGCAGGUGUUACAGUAGAUUGAAAAUCAUAACUCAUAAGCAGAAGUAAAGAAAUUCACACAAAAAGAGAAAAGUGGGGAUAUCAAAGAUAAUCUUUAAAGCCUCCCUCGGUUUUAUGGUACCUGACCAACAAAAACACACAAAAUAUUUACACUUAAACAAUUACUGGAUCAUUUCCAUAAAUGUCGGAAUAAAAUUAAUAGCAUUAAAAUAAACAAAAAAAAAACAAUUGUAAGGAGAACAGCAAGCAUGGCUGAUAAUUAUGAACAAAUUCAACAAAAUUAUCAAGAAGACGAUAUGGAUUUUAGCCAAGACGACUUUAGUGUAGGUGUUACACAUUUUAGUCAAGAGGACGUAGUUGAACAUAAACCAGGUGGUAACCCGAAAACCCGUAAGCCCAAGAAUACAGUAAAUAGUUUACCAAAUAACCCAAAAAAUAAGAAGAAUAAAUUCUUUAAAUUUGACAAGAAAAAAUAUAAAAAAGUGAACAAAAUGAGUGCCGGUCAGCCUGGUGCGGGCACUAGCAAUGCUUCAGGCACACAGGAACAAAGGGAAGGUCAAGCUCAAAUUACUGGAUCAGCAAUACCGACAUUGGAGAACAGUAGCCAUGUUAACGUUAAAACAAAGAUCAGUCUUAAACAAGAGAUGAUGAAACAAAGACUCAACUGGAUAAAACCGGAUCAACCUGCUGGAAAUCCGGGAAUGCCACCCAAUAUGGUCGCUGCUCCUGGACCCCCGUCUAAUCUAGCUCCAGUAGUACUUCAAACCAGCGCGAGGAGUACAGCCGGUAGUUUCUUCAAGACGUCAGUGCAAUCACAGUUUCAACAACAACGUAGAAUGUUGGACAAUCUUGGUUAUAAAACUCCAAAAGGAAUCCCGAGAAGUUUUCUCGUGAAUCAAAUACAAGCACAAAUGAACACACAGGAAACGGGUGGACAGUCAACUACCGCCGACAUGCCAAUAUGGCCAACAUCGUCACCAGUAACAGCGCCCAACCAAACAUCACCAACAUUGGCCCAACCUUCCAUGGCCGACAUGCCCGACGAGACGAAUCCUGUCACAUCACCAAUAUUUGAUGAAACUGACGCUGAUUCGAUACAACAACCGUAUUCACCUUCUGAUAUUUAUGCGGAUAAUGCUAAUUCUGAGCCAGUUGAAGAGACAGAACCGUCAGAAGGUAACCAGACCAAUCAGAAACGUUUGAGUGCCUUCCACAGAUUGGGACCAGUCUCCCAACCGAAGAAACCUAAGCUUACCAUCAAUUUGAACCUGAAUAAAGAUCAGCCUGUAAGGGAAGUAGUAGACGACACGAACGAUGACCCCGACAAGUACACUCCCACGCACCUUCGUAAGAACAUUAUAGCGAGCACCGACGACACGGUCAUGAAGUUCCUCACUUUCUGGCCUUGGAGGAAGAAUGUUGGCAUCAGGAAGAGUGUUACCGCUAGGAAGUCUAGGACCGCCAUGUUGAUAGAACAAGAGCAGAUGGAAGAGGCGUAUGAAAAAGAUAACACAUUCAUUCAAAUUGCGGUCAAAGGCUAUCCGUCAUCAUGGACAAAGGAACAAGUACUAGAUACUGUACUGGACAGUGUGAAGGAAUACAGCCUUAUACCCUGCUUUGUUGAGUUCUAUCAACACGAAUGCAAGUUCUUAACCCUGCGCACGCGUUCGGCUCUCGUAGUCCUACAUAAGACCGGUUUCUACCUACACAAGGACGGGGUCGAAUUGACCGUCACCAUAUCUCUAACUGAUCUAACCCUUAAUCAGAUCGAUUUCAUUCCGAGGAUCAUUUUGAGGAAACGAAUGGCUAUGGGCUACUUGGAGAAAAAACUUAAUGUUAGCGCGUUUACUUUGCAAGAUGAUAUAAGCCACUUCUUAUACUUCCCGCUGAACCGGCUGUGUAACCAGAGAGAGUUCGUGCAACUGCAGAGCGUCAUCGAAUGGGAACAUCUGACUGCGUUAGAUAUCUCACAUAAUAGAUUAACGGACAUAUCAGGCUUCGAUCUACACAACGUGACACCAAAGUUAAAACAUCUGAAUCUAUCACACAAUUAUCUAGACAAGAUCACGGUGCUAAUAAACUACAGGUCUUUACCUCUAAAGUCUAUACAUUUGGAAGGAAACCCCCUAUGUUUGGACUAUAUCGAUCCGCAACACUACAUCAAAGUACUACGUAUGAUAUUCCCAGCUAUUGCUGAAAUUGACGGCGUACCAAUACACCGUAGCGGCGAUAUGCCAGAAUUCAAAAGGAACUACUGUCCAGACGAAGCCAAGCCGGUUGUGGAGAAGUUUCUAGAAAUAUACUUCCCUUUGUUAGACGCGGGCCCGGAACAAAGGUCCUUGAUGCAGGGCAUGUACGAAGAUGAUGCUACGCUGACUAUUACCUACUGUUAUAAGUUGCGCUACAGCCCAACAUACAGGCUAUUUAGGAACCUGUUCCUCUACGCUCGGUUCCUCGAUGAGGGCGAGGUUGACUCGGUGACUGGCGCUAUGGCUAUCACCAAGCUGGUGAACAGAUGGCCACAGACUGAACACGAUCCCUACUCCUUUUGUGUCGAUGUUAUGUCUCAUACGCCAUCAACAACAAUACUCCGAGUGAGCGGCAUGUUGAAACUGUCAGCAGAAUCGGUACCUGAUGACGAGCACCUUCUAGCGUUUUCAAGGACAGUAGUCCUAAAUUGUGAAGACGGGGAUGAAUACAAGAUACAUAAUGAAAUGGUCUACUGGGACGAACCGACUGCUGCGAGUGCUAGGUCCGCUUUCCGAGUCAGUAAUGGUCCAAAUAGGCAAAUAAAUCUAAAAAUAGAAUCAACAACUGAUGAAGAUCUGCGGGAUCAAUAUCUUCAAAUCUUUAUGAAAUUUACAACAAUGGAUAAAAAAAUUAGUGAAAGGUGUUUAGAAAAAAAUGAUUGGAAUUUUAAACUCGCCCUCGAGCAUUUUACAAAACUAUUGAAGAGCAACAAUUUGGCAUCAUUAACACAGGAACAAACUACUUCCAGCUAAAAGUAUUAUUACAGAACAACCAAGAUGAGAGGAAAAAGAAAUAUAGUUUAUUCAGUAAUAAAUGAAAAGCAAUUUC